ACGCUUGACACUUCAGAAACAGAUUUUAACUCGUUUAUGAUCGAUGAGCUAUUGCUUUCAAGAAUUGUGUCAAUAGCUCGUUCUCGCAUAGAUUAUGAGAAAAUAGUGUCUUAUUUUAGCGAAAAAGAAGUGAAGUUAGAGCCUGUCAGACCCAGUGAUAUACUACGUCAAAUAGAAACUGCUAAGUGUAUGUCACCUGAAGUGGAUUUUGAUAAAUCACUCGACAAGUCAUUAGAUUUUCUUGAUGCAAAUACUCCUUUAUCGUUAUCCACGAUAAUACCUACUUUCAAAAUUAGCAUAAAGUCGUUGCUGGCAAGAUUUCCUAGAGCAAAUGAUUUGUGUUUGAACAUAUUUAGCGACGUUUUUGUACGUCUUGCUGGCACACGAUUAACGAAAAUGACGAAUCCGGAAGUAAUUUUAACUACUUGCCUACAAUCCAGAUAUAUACCAAAGAUGGUUGAAAACUUUUUACACACCAAUAUUACAUACGAUCAAUCAUCAGGCAUCUUAACUUUUAGAUACAAAUACAAAAACAAAAAAAAUUUCGUGACAACAUUCCUUGAGGAUUUUGAAGAGAUCGUUAUGAUGACACAAGCAGCCUCCGAGUGUAAACGUAUAUUGUGUGACAAGAAAAAAGAUGAUAUUAAUAUAAUUAAUUUUGAUUUUGACACACUUAAAUUACAGUAUGACCCGUAUGGCGUCGAUAUAAGUUGGUGUAAUGACGAAUACGCUCUGACUUUAUAUAUGUAUGGACUUGGUACCGAACUUCAUACGAAAGAAGACUUUUCUAACCCACACAAGGACAAGUUACAUGCAUUCUUAAAAGAAGAAUUAAAUUCUGCAUAUAUAUAUAACUUCGAUAGAUUUAUCGAAAGUUUGAGAAUUAUUCCUACCGUAAUUCGUUUCCUCGUUAGUCUUUCAAUGAAGGAUGAUCAUGCUUGUGAACUACAAGUAAUUCCCAAAGGCGCGACUAAGUUUCACCUUAUCUGGAGCUACAGCAUCCCACCAGCCGGACAAAAAGGACAAAAAACUUGGUGCGGAACGGAUAUCAGUUUCGUAAAAACUGAAGAUGAGACCUAUUUCUUCGCGUCCGAUCUCGCGAACUUAGAAUACCGAGAUCUUAAACAACCCGAGAAAAUGCCUAUCUGGCAAGCAUUUGAGCAAGAGCUCGUAAAUAAGAAGGAAAUAGCGCUCAACAAGGUACAAAUGUUUGCGUCGGGUUUUACAAGCCCCCGCGUCAACUUUGAAAAAAUAAUGGAGUGGAUUGACGAAUAUGUUCGGAAACGAGCCAAUGGAGUACGCUCUUAGAGACUUGACUAAUAAUAUACCUAGACUAGUCGGAAUUAAUUUCAGACGUUCCUGAAAAAAAGAUACAGGAAAUUUUCAAUAUUCUUAAACAGUCAUUUAAUUAUUUGAUGUACAUGGAUUCUCGUGCUUCGAGAAUGAAUCCGUAUCAGGCAUGGCAUACUGAUUAUGUUAGAGGAAUAAAUGUUAAUUACAUUAAAUUUUUGUAUAUAUUUGUGCUAGACUUCCCUACAUGUAAAUAUUAAUAAUAAUUUAUAUUAUAAUAGUGAUAAUAAUAAUAAUUAUUAAUUAAA